CAAGUUUUUUAUUUAUGCAAAUUUUCUCAUUGUUAUGGUGUACAGAAGAAACAAGAUGGAGUCGUUCUUUUCAAAGUCGGUUAAAAUAGCGUCAGUGGUCGCUGCAUAUUGGGUCAUUUCUAUUUCCAUGGUUUUUCUCAACAAAUAUUUACUAAGCAGCAAAGAUUUAAAGCUGAAUGCCCCUCUGUUCAUUACGUGGUACCAGUGUGUCGUUACUGUGGGGCUGUGUUGUCUACUGAGUGCACUGUCUAAGGCUUUUCCAAAUCACAUAUCCUUUCCAUCCAUUCAAAUUGACACACAAGUCUUGAAGGGGGUGCUGCCCUUAUCCAUAGUAUUUUGCUGCAUGAUAUCGUUUAACAACCUGUGUUUGAAGUAUGUGGGAGUUGCCUUCUAUUACAUAGGACGCUCAUUAACUACAGUAUUCAAUGUGGUGUUUUCCUACACAAUGCUACAACAGACAACCUCUAUCAAGGCCAUUGUAUGCUGUCUUAUAAUCAUUGGAGGAUUUUUCAUGGGAGUCGAUCAAGAAGGAGUAGCAGGAUCGUUAUCUGUAAUGGGAGUAGUGUUCGGCGUCUUGGCUAGUGCCAGUGUGGCCUUGAACUCUAUUUACACCAAAAAAGUGCUCCCAGUGGUGGACAACAAUAUCUGGAGACUGACCUUCUACAAUAACGUUAACGCCUGCUUCCUCUUCCUUCCCCUCAUGUUAGUGUUUGGGGAAAUCGGGGAAGUCUGGAGUUUUCCAAAACUAGGGAAUACAACAUUUUGGACCUAUAUGACCAUAGGUGGAGUGUUCGGAUUUGCCAUAGGAUAUAUAACCGGAUUACAGAUCCAGGUGACUUCCCCUCUCACCCACAACAUAUCGGGAACAGCUAAAGCCUGUGCUCAGACUGUGUUAGCGUGUAUAUACUAUCAAGACCACAAGUCACCGCUGUGGUGGACCAGUAACUUUGUUGUGUUAUUCGGAUCUGGUGCAUACACUGAAGUACGGAGACAGGAAAUGAAAGUGAAACAUAAAUUAGACAUGGCUCAGAUAUCUGAGAAAAUGGAGGAGGGUGAGGAUUCCUCAGAGAAAGAACUCAUAUCCAAGUUUUGUUGAUCAUGAUAGACUUGAACCAGCUUAACAGACAGAGUUUAACUCUUCCUACAUUUUUCAAUCAUUAGAAAAGAAGAAAUUCCCUGAGGUCUUAACCUUGAUACUAAUUAGUUGAUUGAAUGGAGAAAAUGCCAUUGAAAUAACAUAUCAUCUGUUAGUAAGAAUGGAAAAAAAAAUACAUGAAUAUCUUUUAUAUUAUGUAUAAUCUGACAUGUAUUUCUAUGUUACUUUUAUUAAUUAUUACUUUUAAAGUUCAUAUGAAGUAUGAGAUGUUUGUAUUUUCAAUCAUGUGGUAAUAUGUAAGAACAUGUUACUUAUAAAAAUGCAUUCCUGAGAAUGUUUUAGAAUCUCGUCUAUAAAGUUAUAUCAUCGGUAAUUUUGCAUUUUUUUUGUUAUGUGCUUUAUGCUGAAGACAAUGGUUGAUGUGCCAUGUGUUAAAAACUAAUUUUUCGAUAACAGACAAUCCUGAAUUUCAGUACUUGUGUAUGUGCAGUGAAAUCGUGGAUAUACAGUUAUUGCAUAUUUAUUAUUUUAAUACAGAAAUACCUCAAGUGUCCAUCUGUGACAUUUUCCGUACAAUCACAAUUUUGUAUCUCAUGAAACCGUAUUACCAAAAGUAACCAUAACUUUGGAAAUGAAGUAAAAAUACAUUUUUGUGUAGUGGUAGUUUUCUCCUGUCAAUAUGAACGUUAAAUAACUGACCAUUAUUUCUGUAAAUAUAAAACCUUUGUUAACAAUAUAAUUAUGCAAUGUUAAAUCAGUCUAUAACUACAUGUAUAUGUAUUAAUUUUAAGAAAUUUUAACCAUUUUUGUCUUCUACGCUUUGUAUUUCAAUCUUCAUCAGAGUGUUAUGUCUGCUCUGAUACAAAGACAUAUUGUAGAAUCACAGAAAUUAAAAUACAGAUUAUUGCUGGUUUAUAUUAUUGUGCUAUAGUUAUUAUUUAUAUGCGAAUAACUUAUGUAUGUUAAAUACUUAUACCUUAAUAUGUAAAUGUUAUAACCAUUGUUUUAUGUAUGCUGUGCUUAUAUAACUGUGGUAUUCUUUGUGUGAGUACAAAGAAUGAUUACUCUUAAGAUUAAAUGUGGGUGUAUAAAACUUA